CACAAUCGAAACAUUAGCAUAAUAAUAAAUAGUGUGAAGUGACUGCGAAGCAGCUUCGUCGGUUUUUGACGUUGUUGAUAACAGUUGUUCGUCGCAACCUGCUUGAUAAUUGUGAUCGUUUUGAAACACUCGAUUUUUCUGUGAAAAAAUUCCAGUUUCAUAAAUAAUCUGUUAGCUUAGAAAUGGCAGUUUCAGUCAGGGGUAUGUCCCGUCGAUUAGGACACCUAAGCGGCGUUUUAUCGACAGUAAAAACCACCCCUAGGACUUAUUUUACGUACACCAACGAGCCCUCUCAGCCCAUCAAAGGCAAGGAGCCUAAAUGGACGACGGCAGAAGAAGCUUUCCAGGAUUUAAAAUCCGGAGACACGGUGUUCUCACAGGGAGCCGCCGCGACGCCCGUCCAUCUUUUGAACGCCAUGACGCAAGUGGGUAAAAAUAAACAAUUAAAGGACAUCACCGUUUGUCACAUGCACACAGAGGGCCCCGCCGCUUACACGGAUCCCUCCUGCGAGGGUAUAUUCAGAUCGUGUUCGUUCUUUAUGGGAGGAAACGUGCGAAAGGCCGUCGCUGACGGUCGGGGGGACGCCAUACCGAUAUUUUUAUCAGAAAUUCCGCUUUUAUUCACCAAAAAAAUCGUCAAGCCAGACAUUGCAGUUAUUCAGGUAUCUCCUCCCGAUCAACACGGUUUCUGCAGCUUGGGGACCAGCGUGGACUGCGUCAGGGCCGGGAUGUCCCAUUCGAAAAUCAUCGUCGCUCAAGUCAACCCGAACAUGCCGCGAACGUUCGGCGACGGCAUCAUCCACAUCAGCCACAUCGACUACGCCGUGAAAGUCGACGAGCGGCUGCCCACGCACGGCGGCAAGCCGCCCACCGACGUCGAGCUGCAAAUCGGCAAGAACAUCGCCGAGAAUCUGGUCGAGGACGGGGCCACCUUGCAAAUGGGCAUCGGAAGCAUCCCGGACGCCGUGCUGGCCGCAUUAACGAACCACAAAGAUCUCGGUAUACAUUCGGAAAUGUUCGCCGGAGGAGUGAUCGAUUUGGUCAAUCGCGGUUGCGUCACCAACAACAAGAAAUCCAUCCAUCGAGGCCGGAUCGUCGGAUCGUUUUUGAUCGGUACGCAAGAUCUCUACGAUUUCGUCGACAACAAUCCCUUCAUCGAGAUGCUGGUGGUCGAUUACGUGAACAACACGGGUGUAAUAGCGAGACAGCCGAAAAUGACGGCGAUCAAUUCCUGCAUCGAAGUGGAUUUGACCGGUCAAAUAUCCUCCGAUUCGAUCGGCACGAGAAUGUACUCGGGCUUCGGGGGUCAGGUCGAUUUCAUCCGAGGCGCCGCCGAGGGCUUGGACGGGAAAGGGAAGCCCAUCAUCGCUCUGCCUUCGACCACCAACAAAGGGGAAUCGAAGAUAUCGCCGGUGCUCAAACAAGGCGCGGGAGUGGUGACGACCAGGGCGCAUGCGCACUACGUCGUCACGGAGCACGGGAUUGCGUAUUUGUUUGGGAAAUCGCUAAGACAGAGGGCGCACGCGCUGAUUAACGUCGCUCAUCCGGAUCAUAGGGAGGCCUUGGAGAAGGCGGCGUUCGAACGGCUUAAAGUUAUGCCAUCCGCCUAAGUGUAGGUGUAGGUAACGAAUUUUAUGUUUAUAGUUGGUACAAAACGAAUAUCAUUGCACGUCACUACUGUCGUGUCAUACUUGUCAAUGAUACAAUAAAGGAAGAUAUGAUAUUGCGCAUGUGGGCGUGACGUCACAGGUGAGAAUCUUCGGAAAAAUAACAAACAUAACCUUAUUCUUUGACAUAUAUGUCUAAUUCUUAUUGCUUUUUUUCUUAUUAUUUAUAUUAUUGGGAUUACUAUUUAAAAUAUUCUCGGGUUUUUUUAUAUUUAAUCUUAAAAAAGUUGCUAAAUUUCAUUGCAUAUUCUAUUUUUGUUUGAAUUUUACUCACCAAUGACGUCAUUGCGCAAAGCGAACCGAAUUGUGAAUGCUUUCAAUCAUAUCUUGUAUACUUGUAUCAUAAUACUUGUCGAGCGUUGUAGCCAACUUUUAAAAAUAAAUACACAAAAUAUACUGCUCCAUAAAAGUUAUGGAAGUUCGUAAAUAUUGAGAUUAAUUUAAAAGUUGCUGGUUUUUUGAUCGCCAAAUUUAGUAGGAAUUGUAGAGGUAGGGGCAAAAAAUCCACUCAGAUAUGAGAGAAAACAUUUAAAUUCGCAUAAUUGAAAAUUUGGUGAUCAA